GGUAUAUCUAAAAACUUGCUAAAAUAUAUUUGUCUUAUUUUUACACAUUUCACAUUUACAGGGAGAGGUGUACAUCGCAUACUCCACAUUUUGACUGGGUUUAUUUUAGUCUCGAUUUUAGGGAUUAAAGUGAUCUUGAAUGGUGGAAACGGGUUGAUUACCCUAGUGUAAUUUAUAGGCCUUAAACCAAAUUAACUAAGUGUCCAAAAAAUUAAUUAUAUAUCAUCAGGUACCAUGAGAAACAGUGAUGGAAGAGCGUUGCCAGCAGAGCAUCCCAUAAGAGGAGGGACUGGUUCCACAGUCGUCUCAUCUAAGACUGAUGCCAAGAAACAGGCAAAGAGAACUCUUCCAGACAGCUCGAGCAGCCGCAGAUGAGGACGACGCAGACCACCGGAUUCCUCUGGACACAAUCUCCUCGGGCAUUCACAAAAUCUCAGCUAUACUCGAGGGGCGACGAGACUCCUGCAAGAAGAAACUCUCGCAGCCAGUGGAAACCCGUGUGUCAGAACUGGAGAAGCUGGUGGCGAGGCAGUGGGAGGGGCUGCAGGAGGUGGAACAGGAGGUGAAGGCCAUGGAAGACAAGAUGAGUGUCUUGCUCCAGUACAGAGGCAGCGCCGACCCAACACCCGCCCAUCAAGGGUGCGUUGAGCCGUUCGAAAUUGCUGCUGGCGGAUGUUUCUGGGCACACAAGGACCCCAGUUUGUCGUGGAAGCAGGCAAGGAAGCGCUGCCAGCAGGAGGGAGGUGACUUGGCCACCCCAGAGGACCUGACAGCAGCCAGGCACUAUCUCCGACGCAAGUUGGGGUCAGACUUCUGGUACGUGUGGCUCGGGGGAACAAUCACCGGACCUAGGAAGUGGACGUGGCUUGACGGCAGGGAACUGGAGUCCAGCGAGGACCACUGGGCAGCGACCCCUGAGUCUGGAGACUGUCUGGCCCUCAAUGGGGGUAGAGGCUACCGAGCUAUGGAAUGGGACUGCGAGAGUGAGAACUGGUUUCUCUGUGAAAAGAAGCUGGGAUAGUGGAGUGGCGAGCUGGGUACUGGAAUAGCGAGCUGGGUAAUGGAGUGGCGACCUCGGGAGACAGGUUGUCAUGGCACGUCAAAAACACAUUGCCUGGAAAAUUUGUAUGAAAAUAUCUGGCAAACUAGCAUAGGUUCGUUUCUUAGAGGAUCUAGUAAGAUGAUACUGUUCUACAAAAACAUCUAAUUAUCUGGUACGUUCCUUGCAAUAUCCAACAACCUAAUAUUGUUAUCUGAAGGUUUCUUACCUCUCAAGGAAAAACUAGCCCAAUAUUGCUCUUUGAGAGAAAAAGCAAUGGCCUGAAAUGCAUUCAAGAAUAUGACAUAUUAAUAUUCCAUACGGACAAAUCGUGUACUUCGUAGCUCGCAGCUCUCUGAGAAGACAAUCCAGUUCUUUGUGUUGUAAUAUGAGCGGAUCUGCUGUAUGAAUUUAAGAAAUCAAAAUAAUUGAUUUUCUUUAUUGUUCUCAACGGCGAGUACCCUUCCAGCCAGAUGACUCAGUAAUCAAGGGUUUCAGUGUGAUCUAGUUAUCAAUGAUGAUGUGUAACUAGAUGAUUUAGCUAUAUAUAUAUAUAU